AGAUACAUACUUCACUUGCUAUAAUAAGACAGUGAUCUAACCAGGGCAAAAAAGAAGGUCCAAAGUGUGUCUGACACAUAAGCGUUUCUACCUCAGGACGGGAUAUAUCAUCUGUAGACUGGCUUCAGAGCAAAAACAGGAUUUUAAAAUUGACUGGACACUAUUAAUAUCAUCAUGCCUGUGCCAUACACUGACGUAUCUAAGGAGAAAGAGCAACAGGAGCUGUGCUCGGACACAGAUGGAGCAUGUCUGAACCUGGGAAAGAAGAUCAGUGUUCCUCAGGAUCUCAUGAUGGAGGAGCUCAAUCUGCUGUCAAACAGAGGAUCUAUAAUGUUUCAGGAAAGACUCAAGAGAGUGGAGAGAUUCACCUUGGAGAGUAUAGCACACGAACACCUCAGUGACUUAGAAGAAAGCCUUCAAGGCCAAAACGCCACACAAGGAGAGAAAGGAAGCGAGUACUUCACCUCUGAAAUGUACAUCACCCAGCCUGGAAAAAACAACCUGGUCACCACACUCAAGCACACAGUAGCUAUGAAAGGAAACCCAAGCUUACUUGCACCUGGUUAUGGGGGGCCUCUGAAAGAGAUUCCUCCUGAAAAGUUCAAUGUCACUGUGAUCCCCAAGUCUUACCAAUCACCCUGGGAGGAAAAGCCCAUUGACAGCGAAACACUGUUGACUACUAUAAGUACCCACCUGCCUGAGCCACCUUACAAACUUACCCCAGCCAACUACAAAUGUUUCAACAGAGCUCCUACGCCUUUUGGUGGGACAGUAGGUACGGAGAGGACUCUGCCACUACCUGGUUUUGAGAUGCUGCAGGCUCGCACAGAGCCACACCUAACCUGGGACAGGAUGUGCCACCGACCCAAUUUCAACCGUACACCACGGGGCUGGAGAAUCCAGUAUGCUGAGUCUCCUGAUUUGUGAAGCUGGUGAAUAUUGGCAAAAUAUACAAGAGGACUGUGUUUCUGAGGGAUACCUAAUACUCUACUGUGAAUUGUGAGCUGAGCCAUCAAAUACCAAUUUAAAGUUUACAUACAUCGUCUAUUAAUAUGCUAUGAUACUGUUUACAUAAACAUUCACACAGUAUUUAAAAAUGUGAAGCAUCUUUAAUGUAACCACAAACUGCACAGCUGUACAUUAAAAAAAAAAGUCUUAAAAACAAUCCAUGAUGAACAAUUGACGUUCUUUAUAUUUAGAGGAGAAGAAAUGGACACUAGUGGGAACUGUAAUAUGAACAAUGGAAUAUUCUAGAGGUGUAGGACAAUACAGUGUCAAAAACAAAAACGAAGACUUCAGGCAUUUGAAAUAGUCAAUAGUGCCCCCAUUUGGUAAUUGUUGGUCACUGCAACCAAUUCUUUGACAUUUUGCCCUAGAUUGGGCAUGAUAUAUGUUUCAUAUUACAUACAAAAUAAAAACUGACAAAAAGAUGAUGGAAACCAUCAAGGGUCAUUAUAAAACAAAAGCUUAAAAAAACGUUUUUAUUAAAUUCUAAGAUGCUGGAA